ACAUUAAUAAUUUAUGGUUUAGAAGUGUUAAAUUAUUAGUAGUUAUGAAAGAAUCAAUUCAAAGCAAGUCCGAAUAAUAUUUCAACAAUGGCUUCAAGCCGAAGUAGUACUGUUUUAACCUCAACACGAGCAAGAUCUGCAUUAAAUACAGGACAGAAAAGUCAAAAAUAUGCAACAAAGACAACACCCCGGGCAUCAACUGCUUCGGAACGAAGCUCUCAGAAUAAGAAGCCUUCUAAUCGGUUGAAUCCAAAAACUGUUGACCCUUUUAACAAAAAAGGAUCAAAGUCAGUGUUUGCAUCUGCAUAUAGUAAAGAUGGGAUUCCAUGCCGUCUUGUUCAUGGUUCAGUGAAGCAUAAAAUUCAAUGGACAGUUCCACUUGAAGAUCUAAAUUAUGACCCCCUCCUUAUCACGUUCGCUGAGGGGUUAAGAGAAACAAUACAUCCAUAUGCUUUCGUUGCAAACGAAGGAUUUGUUCAAAUGUUGAUGGUUGAUGAUGCAGAAGAGAGAACACUACCCGUGCUCUCAAGAUUGAUAACUCCUAUAAAAAUGGCAUUGAUGUCUGCCGAUGGCGAGUGCUUUUUGUCGACAAUGAAUGCGCUUGUGGAGCUUAGCAAUGUUGUCACAUCCGCGUUAAAUCCUCACCUCAAGAACUUGUUACCUCAGAUUUCAAGACGAAUGAGUAGUAAACAGACAAAAGAAUGCAUCUUGGUUAGUUUGCAGAAAAUUGAAUGCAACGGUGGCUCGGAAUGUACAAGCAUUAUUAAAUCAAGAAUACCAACCUAUUCAUCCGUACUGUAACUUUCUACAACGCAGUUGGUCUGAAAACGCACGGGGAUAUUAUUUUAAUACGUUUCUAACUGGAAUACGCAAGAUUUUUAAAAUAUAAUUUAUUUGUACAUAUUACUCAUACAUGUUUUGUACGAUUAACCUCUGUAAA